UGGGGUGGUCACACUUUAUAUAGAUGUGGUUUCCCUAAGAAUUUAUAUGUUAUCUCUAAACAUAACUUUUUCUGUAGCUCUCUCCUUCAGUACGGUUUCAAUCUAGAACAAAGAAAAUGAAUUGUACAAUUGAUGCUGAGUACUGUCGAUCAAGUGAAUUAAAAGCUUUUGAUGAUACAAAAUCUGGUGUUAAAGGACUGGUCGAUGCUGGAAUUGCCAAAAUCCCUCGAAUUUUCCAUCAACCUCCGAAUGCUUUAGAAAACAUUUCACAUGCUCCCAAGGAUACUGCUACCCAGUUCAGCUUUCCAAUCAUAGAUCUCCAAGGCUUCGAAAAUAAUCCAAUUUCACACAAGGAGAUUAUCGAAAAGGUACGAAAUGCGUCGGAAAGUUGGGGAUUUUUCCAAGUUGUUAAUCAUGGGAUUCCUAUCAAUGUUCUUGAGGAGAUGAAGGAUGGAGUUCGUCGAUUUCACGAGCAAGAUACAAAUCUGAAAAAGGGAUAUUAUACUCGCGAUACGACUAAAAAAGUUGUUUUUAAUAGCAAUUUUGAUUUGUAUACAGCACCAGCAGCUAAUUGGAGAGAUACGUUGGCUAUCCAAAUGGCUCCUCAUCUUCCACAACCUGAAGACAUUCCAGCAGUUUGCAGAGAUAUAGUGAUGGAGUAUUUCAAGGAAAUAAUGAAAUUGGGGAAUUUAUUGUUGCAAUUGUUAUCAGAAGCUCUUGGUCUGAAACCAGACCACUUGAAAGAAAUGGAUUGUGACAAAGGUCUUUUUGUUUUGUGCCAUUAUUAUCCACCGUGCCCUGAGCCCGAAUUAACCUUCGGCACAAGCAAGCACGCGGAUGGUGACUUCCUCACUCUGCUUCUUCAAGAUCAUAUCGGCGGCUUACAAGUCCUCCAUCAAAAUCGCUGGAUUGAUGUUCCUCCCACACCCGGUGCGCUAGUGGUUAACAUUGGAGAUCUUCUACAGCUCGUAUCGAACGACAAGUUUAAAAGCAUUGAUCAUAGGGUGCUGGCGAACCGUGAAGAAGAAGCAAGAGUAUCGGUGGCAUGCUUCUUCAGUACAGAUUUAUUGGCUGCAUCAAGACUUUAUGGACCGAUUAAUGAGCUCUUAUCGGAAGAUAAUCCUCCUAAAUACAGAGGAACCUCGAUCAAAGAAUUUUCUGAACGCUGUAAUGCUAGAGGGCUUGAUGGAAAUUCUUCUCUGCUUUAUUUAAAGCUCUGAAAACUUGUAAUAUGCAGAACUUAUUAGUAAUCUUAUGAGUAAUAAUGGAAUUUAAAGGAACCAA